GGAAGGAACUGGUCCAAGGAGGGUUUUUGGCUUUCCCCUUGCCCUCCUCUUCUGCUUUAUUAUGCCGUGUAUAGUAGCCGGUAAAUCCCACCGCCAGUUCCUCCUUCUGUGUUUUUGGGUUUUGAGUUUAACCAAGAGAGCGAGAGAAUAUUAAUUUUAAUAAUAAAUAGAAGGAAAAAAAGAAAAAGAAAGGAAAGCCCAUUGGGUGGUUUUGCAGGGAGGUUUCAUUUGAUGAUCAUCAUCCACACAGGAUUCAGAUAUACAAACUAACCCUUGUCCUUUUCCUUCCUUGCUUAUUCUCUGUCGUUCCUCACUCUCUCUCAAUGUCCUUCCCUGUCGAAAAGAAAAAGGUUCGAUUUUUAAUUUGAAUAAAUUGUAGUUGGUUGGUGGUUUCUUCAUUCAUUCAAUUCAGAUGCCGUCCUUGUGAGAAUUUUGGCAGGUGGGUUUGAAGGCUGGUGCUUUUCUUUGCUGGUUUCGAAAGGCUUCAUCAAAAGUUUCUGAUUGCAUAUAUGGGCUGAAGAAAAGCUGUUACGGUUGGUUAGACAGUAAAGCUGGUUUUGUUUUGAUUAAUGAAUUCCUUUCACUAUGAAUGUGUAAGAUAUGUCAGUGGAAAGGAGGCUGGAAUAUGGUUUCGGUGGCUACAGGGUCCCUGUGGUUCCUCGUGCUGCUCGAUCAUAUAGGGGCAGAGGAUUGACCAGGAAGAAAGGAGAUAAAGAGGGCGAGAUACGAGCAUUUGAAAUCUUAGCAAGUGUAGCUGGUAAAAUAUUGCAGGAUGGUGAAGUUUCUUCUGCUGCUUCUGUAAAGGAUACAACAAGUAAACUGUGUCUUCAAGGUAAUGGUGAUGAAGAAACAGAAUUGUCUAAACCAGACUCUUCUGUUUGUGGUGGGAAAACUGAUCCUUCAGGCUCGGAGACUGGUUUGAAUCAAGGCUAUCCAUUCCAUGACUUCUUAUCACCACCUCAGGCGACUUCUUCUAGUCACAAGGGAAGCUCCACUUCUUCCGAUCACUUGGAGAAGAAGAUACAUGAAGAUGCUGCUGAUGAUAAUUUGUCUCCCAAGGGAUGGGAAAUGUAUCAAGGCCAAAGGGAGAGCCUAGUAGCUCAGGUGAAGCCUGAUGAAGUUGAGUGCAAAGUCAAAAGUGCUGAAAGUGGAACUUCGCCGCCUGUUCAAGUUGAUUUUGAGGACAAGAUGGAAAUCGACAUGAACAUUCCUGCACGGGCUAGUCCCGAGAACAAUAAUGUGAAGCCAUCAUCGUCAUUAUUCAAGAACUGCAUUGGUGGCUUAGGUUGUUUCUCUGGACGUUCUGCUGAAACUAAAGUAGAAGUCACUAGAGAUGAUGAUGACGAAAAUGCUAGUGGGUGCUCUCAAGAUGUGCAGUCA